AUGAGAGAUCUUUUGAAACAGUCCACCAAAAACGUGGAGAAGCCCAUCGUAUGGAUCGACUGCGAAAUGACCGGGUUGGACGUGUUUAAUGACCAUAUUAUCGAAAUCUGUUGCAUCAUCACUGACGGAAACUUGAAUAUCAUCGACGAAGACGGUUACGAGUCGGUGGUGUAUCAGCCCAAGGAGGUGUUGGAUGCUAUGAAUGAAUGGUGCAUAAAUCAGCAUACUAAGUCGGGUUUAGUGGCCAAAAUUUUGGCCUCCCCAGAACAGGUUCUACCAAAGGUACAGACCGAAUUGUAUGACUACAUCCAAAAGUACAUCCCCAACCAAAGGACAGCUAUCAUGGCAGGAAACUCGAUUCACAUGGAUAAAUUCUUCAUGAUGAAGGAAUUCCCUAAAGUCGUGGAACACUUGCACUACAGACUAAUUGAUGUAUCAACCAUCAUGGAAUUCGGGAACAGGCAUAAUCCCCAAUUGAUGAAGCAAUGUCCAAAGAAGACACAACAACACACAGCAAAAUCAGACAUAUUAGAAAGCAUUGCCCAGCUCCAGUGGUACAGAGAUCAUUAUUUCAAGAGUUACGAAGAAACGAAAAAGUUCAUUGCACAGCAAGAAGAUAGCAACUUACAAAACAUUAUAGAUGAUGCCUCUAAAUUGGGCGAAGCAAGAGCUACUUCUACAAGGAAGACUUGA